AUGAAGCUCUUCGGGCAACUCUCUGGUUACCCCAAGCUGCUCCUGGCCGGCAACCCCUCCAGAGCCGAGUUGGGGACGCUUUUGGUCGGUAUACUGUCGGCUAUUGCAGCUGGUGUUCCUUUUCCAAUUAUUGGUAUCGUUUUCGGUCAACUGCUCGACGAUUUCAACGAUGUUACUUGCAGUCAAUCCGACGGAACCGCCUCCUCAAGCUCCGACUCCAGCUCUCAGUCUGACAUCAAUAGCAAGAUCUUGUUGAUUGUUUAUCUCGCCGUUGCGCAAUUCGUUCUCAUUUAUAUGCACCUGCUAUGCUGGACCAUGACUGGUGCGCGCCUUGCGCAGAGACUCCGUGAAAGAUAUCUGCAGAACUUGCUCCGUCAGGAACCUUCCUUCUUCGAUAACUUGCCUGCUGGUGAGGUCGCUUCUCGUCUCAAUACCGAUAUCCAGACAAUUCGUUCCGGUACAGCAGAAAAGGUUGGAAUCUGUCUUUCCAGUUUUUCGUUCUUCGUCACGGCGUACAUUGUCGCCUUCAUCAAGGACUCUAUUCUGGCUGCCAUGCUCAUUUCUCUGGUCCCGGCCUAUUUUUUGAUGUCCUUUGUUGGAAGUCAUUAUAUUGAGAAAUACACCGGGCGCAUGUCUGACUACGCUGCUUCCGCCGCGUCGAUUGCUUCCGAGGCGCUCUCGAACAUUGUUGUGGUGCAGGCAUUUGGUGCCAACGGCCGUCUGGAGCAGAAGUUCUCCAAGGCUUUGAAGCAGUCUGAGACUGAAGGCCUGAAAAAGGCUGCUGCUACUGGUAUUCAGGCUGGUUUCCUUUACUUCAUUGCGUAUGGUGCGAACGGUCUGGCCUUCUGGCAGGGAAGUAAGCAGAUAGCCGAAUCACUAGGCACGGACUCAGCGGGCAAGACCGUUGGAUCCAUUUUUACUGUUAUCUUUGUCUUGGUUGAAGCUACCCUGCUCCUGAGUCAAGUUGCUCCCUUCAUUCACCUGUUCACCCAGGCUGUGGCUUCGUAUCACAAGCUCCGCGACGACAUUGACCGCACGCCUUUGAUUGAUGGAUGUGGUGAUGAGGGUAUUCGUCUCUCGCAGGCCGAGGGCGGAUUCGAGUUUAGGGACGUUUCAUUCAUUUAUCCGUCUCGUCCUGAAAUCACUGUUCUCAACAAGAUCAAUCUCUCUAUUGCCCCCAAGAAGCACACUGCUAUUGUUGGUCUUUCCGGAAGUGGAAAGUCAACCAUCGCUGGUCUGGUUAACCGAUUAUACGACGUCACUGAGGGAGAGAUUACUUUCGACGGUCAUAAUCUUCGCGACCUCAACACUCGUGAUUUGAGAGGAUUCCUCAGUCUGGUCCAGCAAGAGCCUUCUCUGCUUGACCGAUCCCUUUUGGAGAACAUUGCUCAUGGUUUGAUGAACUCAAGCAACCCAGCCCACGCACACCUGAAGACUACUCUUCUCAGCACUGACCUUUCGGAUGUCGCUGCUGAAAUCAGAGAAGGCUCAGACCUCACCACAGCCGCUGAAAAGCGGGGUGAUAAGGUUGUUGAAAUCGUUGCAUUGGUUCGAAAGGCUGCCCAGCUUGCAGAUGCUGAUGGCUUCAUUGAGGCCUUGCAAUACGGAUAUGCCACUCUUGUUGGUUCUAGUGGACGUUUGAUCAGUGGUGGUCAGAAGCAGCGUGUUUCUCUCGCCAGAGCCCUUGUCAAGGAUCCUGCAGUUCUCAUCUUGGAUGAAGCCACUGCUGCUUUGGAUUCUAGAAGUGAACAACGCAUCCAGCGUGCUAUCAACAACAUCUCGACCGGCCGAACUGUCAUCACCAUCGCUCAUCGAUUGUCUACCAUCACUGGUGCUGACAAGAUUGUCUGCAUGCACAAGGGAGAUAUCCUUGAGGAAGGCAGUCAUUCUGAAUUGAUGACCCAGAACGGUCCAUACUCCGAACUCGUCAAGCUGCAGACUCUUGGGUCCGCUUCCAACAAGACCGAAUCCACUGUCAGCGUUGAGACCGUCAGCAAGUCUGACGACACCUCUAUCACCGAGGUUGACAACGAGAAGGGCAGUGUUUCGAAUGAGACCGAACCCGUUAAAGAGGCCCAUGUCUCUACCACCGAACAACCAGUCCCUGAAUCAGCAGAGGAUGAGGAAGAAGAGCCCGAGACUCCUAGAAAGAGCUUGUGGGCUCUUUGCAAGGGAUAUGCACCCGCCGUCAGGCCUCAUCUCCUUAUGAUCCUCGCCUCUCUCCUCGGUGCCACUAUGGUCGGUGGAGCUUUCUCUGGCGAAGCUGUCAUCUUCGGUAACACCGUUGGAAGUCUAAACCCUUGCAAGAGCGCGGCCAGUAUUAUGAACCGCGGUAACUUCUACGGACUUAUGUUUUUCGUUCUCGCUCUGAUUGAGUUCUUUGCAAACAUCGUCAGCUGGGGAGGAUUCGGUUACGUUUCUGAAAAGAUUGUCUACAAAGUCCGCGUCUUGUCUUUCCGAUCACUUUUCGAACAAGAUCUUCAAUGGCACCAGUCCAACGGCAGAUCUCCCGCUCUUCUUCUUUCAUAUAUCACUCGAGAUGGUAACGCCUUGGCUGGCCUGAGCGGCUCUGUCGUCGGUACUCUGUUUGCUAUCAGUGUUAACCUUAUCGCCGCCAUCAUCCUCACCCAUAUUAUCGCAUGGAGAAUCGCUUUGGUCUGUUUGGCCGUGGUUCCUCUUCUGCUGGGAGCCGGCAUGAUGGAGCUGAUGGUCCUCGGCAAAUUUGAGGAACGUCAUGAGAACGCCUACACUAAGUCUGUCGACAUUGGUGUCGAAGCAGUCACCUCUAUCAAGACCAUUGCAUCCCUCUCCCUCGAGGAAGAUACCCUGCAGACUUACCGUCGAUCCCUGAAGGGGCCUCGCAAGGAAACACUUAUGGUCACCAUUCAAGCCAGUUUAUGGCAGGCAAUGACCUACUUCCUUGGUAACCUCGUCAACGCCCUCGCCUACUGGUGGGGUUCCAAGCAAAUCGUCAACGGAAACUACACCCAGACCCAGUUCCUGAUCGUCGUCUUCUCCCUCCUUGUCAGUGCUCUGCUCUGGAGUCAGAUGUUCGCCCUGGCACCCGAAUUGUCUGCUGCACGAUCCGCCAUGGCCAGAAUCCUGGGCCUGAUCGAGAUCGGCAAGGACAAGAUGAACGGAACCCUUAAGGAUGUCGAGUCCGUCGAGGAAAAGCCCAGUUACGACACUGGCAAUCCAGCCUCUAGCGUGCAGCUCCGCGAUGUGCACUUCUCAUACCCUGCUCGCCCAGACAUGAAGGUCCUGAAGGGUUUGAGCGUCGAUAUCCGCCCCGGCAAGUUCUGUGCUCUGGUCGGGCCCAGUGGUGCCGGUAAAUCGACCAUCAUUUCCCUAGUCGAGCGUCUUUACACGCCUGAAUCCGGAGGCAUCUUCAUCGACGGCGUCGACGUGACAAAGACCACCGAUGUCUCCUUCCGCGACUGGGUCUCCCUAGUCCCCCAGGAAAGCGUCCUAUUCGAGGGAAGCAUCGAGUUCAACAUUGGUCUCGGAGCCCGACCUGGUCACGAUGUCAGCCUCGAGGAAAUUCAAGAAGCUUGCAAACUUGCCAACAUUCACGAAGUUAUCAUGUCCCUUCCGGAGGGCUACCAGACUCUCUGUGGACCUAACGGUAACCAGUUUUCCGGUGGUCAGAAGCAGAGAUUGUCCAUUGCCCGUGCGCUCGUUCGCAAACCUAAAUUGUUGAUUCUUGAUGAGUCAACUAGUGCUUUGGAUGCUGAGUCUGAGAAGCUUCUGCAGGAUGGCCUUGAGAAGGCUGCUCGGGGUAUCACUGUGAUUGCUAUUGCCCAUCGUCUACACACUAUCCGCAAGGCGGAUGUUAUCUUUUUGAUUGAUGGUGGUGUUUGCACUGACUCUGGUUCGCAUGAGGAAUUGUUGCAGCGGUCGGAUAGUUACCGUGCUAACGUCAUGCACCAGACGGUGGCUACUUAA